AUAAGCAUAUAUUUAGCUUAGUACGCUCAAUGUCUCUCAAGUGUGCUGUGCAGCUAGGCAUCCUUGAUAUAAUCCAUAGCCAAGGGUAAUCUAUCACCCUGUCUGAGUUGGUCUCAGCCCUUCCUAUCCAUCCAACCAAAGUGAACUGCGUGUACCGGCUUAUGUGCAUGUUGGUGCACUCAGGCUUCUUUGCUACUGCGACAAAACUUCAAGGAGACAAAGAAGAGGAAGUGUAUGUUCUGACUCGUCCUUCUAAGGUUCUCCUCAAGGAUCAGGCCAAUUGCUUGUCCCCUUUUGUCCUCGCAAUGUUUGAUCCUGCUCUCAUGACUCCAUGGCAGCUCUUAGGAGACUGGAUGAAGGGGUAGAAGCUCACUGCUUUUCAGAGUGUACAUGGCAUGGGGUUUUGGGACUACAUGGAUCAAAACCCUGAAUCCAAGAACUUUUUUCAUGAAGCAAUGGCUAGUGACUCUCAGAUGAUGAAUUUGGUCGUCAGAGACUGCAAGCCUGUGUUUGAGGGUCUGAAUUCACUUGUUGAUGUAGGUGGUGGCACUGGAUCGAUUGCCAAGAUCAUAUCAGAGGCAUACCGCCGUUGAAAUUCUCUGUGCUGGAACUCCCUCAUGUUGUGGCCAACUUCCCGGAGAGUUCUGGUAACUUGAAAUUUAUUGCUGGUGAUAUGUUUGAAUCUAUUCCUUCUGCAGAUGGCAUUCUACAGAAGGUUUGUGGCAAUAUUUUCCUUAUUCAUUGACUAGCAACAUAAAAUUCUCAACAAGAACUUCUCUCCUUGUUUGAAUCCUAACAUUACCUGCAAAAUCAGGAAUUAGUUCAUAACUUCACUUUAUAUCUUGAUAUCAUAAACACUCAAAGCUGGGACAUCAGAUAUCUCUAAUCUCUGUGAUGCUCCUCUGUUAUCUGUGCUUUAUUUUUCUGAUGGUGAUAAAACAUGGUAUUGGGCAGCUUGUUUUGCAUGCUUUUGGUGAUGAAGACUGCAUAAAGAUACUGAAGAGAUGCAGAGAAGCUAUCAAGAGUAAGGGAGGAGGAAAGGGGAUUAUCAUAGAUAUUGUUAUAAAUGAGAAGAAAGAUGAACAUGAAUUAACGGAAGCAAAGCUAUACCUUGACAUAUUGAUGAUGGCUUUGGCUGGUGGGAGAGAAAGAAAUGAAAAAGAUUGGGAAAGGCUGUUCAUGGAGGCUGGAUUCAGUCACUACAAGAUAAGGCCAAUCUUUGGUUUACGGUCCCUUAUUGAAGUAUCCAUAGAGGGACCAUCACCCAUUCCUUAACGCAUUAUUAUUGCUUGUUUCUUAUACUUACAAGCAUUUCAUGUUGUAUUGAAAUAAUUGAAUUUUUCAUAU